AUGGCUAUAAGAGGAAGAAGCGUAGAAGCAAGCACCAAGCAGUGCACAACGGAUUUCGACUUUCAAGAGCAUUCUGCAAUGUUGGAUGAAAGCAAAUUUGAUGUGCAUUUGAAGUUGUGGGCACUUCGAAUCCCUAGAGAGUUCUGCAAGGUUGCAACUAAGCUUCUUAAUGGACAUAUGCUUGAUAGACCACGUAUCAAGCCCAUCACUGAAGACCCAACUAGUGAAAAAACGCGUUAUGUUAUAUUAUCUGAAAGGGUUCAAAAUCCAGAUCUGUCAGAUAUUCCAACCAAGAAUCUUGAUGAGUUAAAGAAACUAUGCAAGAUUGAAACAGUUCCAUACUCACUGACACUUGGAUAUUCAUACUGGGGUGCAGACCAUGUGCUGAAGCAGAUUCUACCUUCUGGACUUGAGGUCCCUUCAUCUUUUGAAACAAUAGUCACAUUGCUCAUCUGA